AUUACGGCCUCGUUUUCGCUCCUUAAUCAAAUUGCAAAUGGCUGCCAUUUGUGAAGGAUGAUACACCUCCCACUUCAGCUUUACACAUAUACACGUUAAUUGAGCUGUUCUAAGGAUUGUGGUCGAUCGUAAAGGUUUCCUUUAUAGCUUGUCAAGAUGCCUACAGUCAAAGGAGAUGGAAUGCGUGGCUUGGCAGUUUUCAUUUCAGAUAUAAGAAACUGUAAAAGCAAGGAAGCAGAAAUAAAAAGGAUCAAUAAGGAAUUGGCCAACAUUCGUUCAAAGUUCAAAGGGGACAAAACUCUUGACGGAUACCAAAAGAAGAAGUAUGUGUGCAAACUUCUCUUCAUAUUCCUGCUGGGACAUGAUAUUGACUUUGGUCACAUGGAAGCUGUCAAUCUCCUUAGCUCUAACAGAUACACAGAAAAACAGAUAGGCUACUUAUUUAUUUCUGUGCUGAUUGGGGCCAACAAUGACCUGAUGAAGCUCGUGAUUCAGGCCAUUCGCAAUGACCUGGCUGGUCGCAACCCCAUACACAUUACACUGGCCCUGCAGUGUGUGGCUAACAUAGGCAGCAGAGAGAUGGCCGAGGGCCUGAGCGUGGAUAUACCAAAACUUUUAGUCUCCGGGGACACAAUUGACUCGGUGAAGCAGAGUGCUGCCCUCACGUUGCUGCGCCUGCUACGCUCGUCCCCUGACAGCAUCCCAAUGGGAGAGUGGAUGUCUAGAAUCAUACACCUACUUAAUGACCAGCACAUGGGUGUGGUGACAGCAGCAGCCAGUCUGAUAGAGAACCUGGUGAAGAAGAACCCAGAGGAGUACAAGGGCUGUGUGUCCCUGGCUGUUUCUAGGCUAAGCAGGAUUGUGACCUCAUCCUACACAGACUUACAAGAUUACACAUACUACUUUGUACCUGCACCCUGGCUGUCUGUCAAACUCCUGCGACUUCUACAAAACUAUCCACCGCCUGAGGAUCCUGCUGUGAAGACGCGGCUGUCUGAAUGCCUGGAGACCAUCUUGAACAAGGCUCAAGAGCCGCCCAAGUCCAAGAAGGUGCAGCACUCUAACGCCAAGAACGCAGUGCUGUUUGAGGCAAUCAACCUCAUCAUCCACAUGGACAGCGAUCCAAACCUUCUAGUCAGAGCUUGUAACCAGCUCGGCCAGUUCUUGCAGCACCGCGAAACAAAUCUGAGAUAUUUGGCAUUAGAAAGCAUGUGUUUACUAGCUACAUCAGAGUUCUCACACGAAGCUGUUAAGAAACACCAAGAAACUGUUAUAACUGCUCUGAAGACUGAGCGAGACGUGAGUGUGCGACAGAGGGCUGUAGACCUGCUGUAUGCAAUGUGUGACCGCACGAAUGCAGAGGAGAUUGUGGGCGAGAUGCUGGAGUAUCUGGAGUCUGCAGACUACUCCAUACGGGAGGAAAUGGUUCUGAAAGUGGCAAUAUUAGCAGAGAAGUAUGCUGUCGACUACACCUGGUAUGUUGACGUGAUUUUAAACCUCAUUCGUAUUGCGGGAGACUACGUAAGCGAAGAGGUGUGGUAUCGAGUCAUACAGAUUGUUAUCAACAGAGAUGACGUACAGGGCUAUGCAGCUAAAACUGUUUUUGAGGCCCUACAAGCUCCUGCCUGCCAUGAGAACAUGGUGAAAGUGGGAGGGUACAUUCUUGGAGAGUUUGGAAACCUUAUUGCAGGAGACCCCAGAUCAGGGUCGGCGGUACAGUUUCAGCUUCUGCACUCCAAGUACCACUUGUGUUCACCAGCCACCCGUGGUCUGCUGCUCUCGGCAUACAUCAAGUUUAUCAACCUCUUCCCAGAAAUUAAGCACAUAAUACAAGAUGUGCUGAGAAGUGAUAAUAACAUGAGAAAUGCUGAUGUAGAAUUGCAACAAAGAAGUAUAGAGUAUCUACAGCUUAGUUCAAUAACAACUGCUGAUGUGUUGGCAACGGUGUUAGAAGAAAUGCCACCAUUCCCAGAACGAGAGUCUUCAAUUUUGGCCAAACUGAAGAAAAAGAAGCCAUCUAGUGUGCCAGAGGGCUCGGAACAAAAGGAGACAACCGCCUCUAAAAUCCCUGCUGUGCAGAUGUCAAACAACGUUGACAUAGCCCCUCCCACCUCCAUUAACUUGAUGUCUCAGGCUGACGAAUUGGUCUCGUUCUCUGAGGCCCCUCCCCCAUCGGUGUUUACGUUUGACAGUGGCCCCGCCCCCUCAGCGGGAGGCCAGUCCAUCACCCUGCAGGGAUUUGACGUCGGGGAGAGCAGCACUGAUGACUUUGUAGACCAAGGAUCACCACAGGGAGGGUCAGCGUCCGUUGACCUACUUGGACUGGGCUCGCCCACCCAGCCGACCGCCCCAUCUGUGGGGAGUGGGGGGCUGCUCGACAUGUUUGACACCCUGACGAGCCACUCGUCGGCCCCGGCAACCAAUGGGAUCGACCUUGGAGGACUGAGUGGUGGAGCUGAAGAGGCUUUUAGAAAAUUCAUCUGCAAGAACAAUGGUGUAUUAUUUGAGAACGACUUGCUCCAGAUCGGUGUGAAGUCCGAGUACCGAGAGGACCUGGGACGCCUUUGGGUAUUCUACGGCAAUAAAACUACAUUCCAGUUGAACGCUUUCCUUGUAGACGUGAGCACCCCAGGAAAUCUGAGUGAGACAGGUCUGAGUAUCCAGCAGAAGCCAGUGGGCGGGGAGGUGGAGGCAGGCGCCCAGGUGAAGCAGCAGUUUAACAUGGCCUGUGUGCAGGAGUUUGCAGAGGCACCCGUCAUGACCAUUCAGUUCUUAUACAGUGGAGCUCAACAGAAGAUCAGUCUCAAGUUACCAGUGGUCUUGAAUAAGUACAUCACGCCGGCGGAAAUGGACGCAAACACUUUCUUCACGAGAUGGAAGGCACUAAACAGUCCUUCGCAGGAAUGCCAACAGAUUAUCAAAGCUACAAGUCCAAUUGACCAUGAACAAGUUAAAGCAAAGCUGAUUGGAUUCAGUGUCAGUGUUUUGGAGAAGGUUGAUCCAAACGCAGAGAACUUUGUGUCUGCUGGCAUCCUCUAUACACGUAACCAGCAGGUGGGGAUACUCCUUCGUCUGGAGCCAAAUAAGCAAGCUCAGAUGUAUCGUUUAACGGUGCGAGCAAGUCGCGACAAGGUGGCCAAAAUACUCUGUGACCUUAUGCAGACACAGCUUUAAUGUGCUCACUUGCUUAGGGAGUCCCAGACCUAACUGAGUUUACAUGAACCAUUGCUUUAGUCUCAGAGAGAGAGAGAGAGAGAGAGAAAGAGAGGGGGGGGGGGGGGGGGUUGACAAGUAGUAUAAUCAUCUUCCAAGCAGUUUGUUACCUGUGUUGCAGUAUCCAUGGUUACUCAUCAAUCAUUGACAAGAUGAUUCAUUGUAAAGUAUUUAUUUAGAAACACUUUUUAUUAAGCCUAAUAUUUUUCUGCAAAAGAUAUGUUUGAAAACAUGACUUACCGUUACGGGACGGAUUCUUUGUGUUAAAUUGAGAUAUAAUGUGCAAAAUGCAUGGGUGUUGUACCAAAUGCAUCUUUAGGUGAUGUUUGAGCAUUAAAUUGCUGCUAUCUUCAUCGUCAUACUUGCGUGUUAUUUAUAUUUUAACUAAUUGUUACAUUGUAAGGUAGAGUCAAUAACAUUUUAUUUGUUAUCCUGUCAUUUGCCAAAAUCUACAUUACGGUGUCUAUGUUUCUAUAUGGGACCACUAUGCAGAUUUAUCCAUGAUUUCUGUCCAGAAUAUAGAUUUAAACCUGCUAUUUAUUGUAAACCAAUCUUACAUGAUCAAAUGUAAAUUGCUGUCGUACAAACAUAAAAAAGUGACAUUUGUUAAAUGAAUUUCAUUAAAUCACAAAUAUUUACAAAAAUUAUUAAUAUAAAAAAUACAUUAUAAUUUAAUUAAAAAACAUAUUGUACUUGAACAAACAAUGAAAAUGGAAUCAUGUGUCUUUGAAUGAAACAACUAGACUGCUUUUCAAUUGCCAGUGUUCAUAUGUUUAUGUACAUGUAGGUAUUUUAAAUUUAAUGGGAAAUCAUUGUAACAUAUGGUGUUUUUGUGCAAUCUAAUAGUCAGGUUUUCCACAUAGUUUUUUCUUGUGUAUAGUGUUUAAUGUAGAGGUUUCAAUAUACAUAUAGAGUGCUCAUGUAAGUAUAUUAACGUAUAUUGUUUUUUCUGAAGUAAAAUUAAAUUAUUAGUGUAAAAUAUGUUAUGUGUAAUUCAGGCAAUAUAGGGAUAAAGUGGUCAUUGCAUUCAAAGGUAGAGCAUGGAAUUGUCCUAUCAAGUGCUUUUCUAAAAUCUGUGUACAUGUUAUUUGGAUGUUUUAGGGGUUGUUUUGCACAUUUUAUGUGAAUUAGAUGAAAAUGUUUCAAUUAAUAAAUAAUUAGUAAUUAGAAAAGUAGUAAGUAGAUUGAGAUGGGUCGUGACACAAAAAGUACUUUACUUAUUAAAUAAUACACUUACAGUUCAUUGAAGCUCAGCAUUCUAUUCAAAAUUGUGAAAGGUUGUUUAUGUGUAUACUCCCAAGUUAUUGAGAACAAGUGUGUUAUUCCCACAUUGAAUCAAAUAUUUAAACAGAAGCAUGUGGUUUCACUGACAACCUUUUUAUGCCCCCUAAUUAUGCCCCCAAAGGAGGGCAUAUAGGGAUUGCACUGUCCGUCUGUCUGUCUGUCUGUCCGUCACACUUUGCGUUUAGGUUUCGAAAAAUGCUCAUAACUUCUAUGUCGCUUCAGAUGUAACAUUCAUAUUUGGUAUGCAUGUGUAUAUGAACAAGGCCUUUCCACACGCACACAAAUGUUGUCCCCUUUGACCUUGAACUUGGGGUCCGCCUUUAGGUUUCGAAAAAUGGUCAUAACUUCCAUCUAGGCGUUUAUCGGAGGCAUAUGUCAUCCUAUGGAGACAGCUCUUGUUUAGAAUGGAUUGAAUGAGCUAGCACAUGCGUCUUCAUAAAAUGUGUUCAACGAUUUUGUUAAAAGGUUAAAACGAUACAGCUCAGCUGAUCUUGAAAUUAUAGAAAACGGUGACCAGGGGUACAAUUAGAGACAGAGAUAUUAAUAAUCAUUCUUAAGUCAUGAGUAAUGUUUUCAUUGGAUAUCAAUGGGUUUUGAUUGAUAAGUUAUGAUGAAAGUAUAUAUUUUCUUGGUUAGAAAUGCGUGUGAAAUCACACCAGAUUUAUUGCAUGAUUCAUUGGUCAAAGAAAGUAUUUGUUAUUAAUUAUAUUAAUACAUUUUGACUGGUUGAGUGCCCAUGAUAUCUUACUACUAUUUUUAUGCCCCCCACCACUAUAGUGGGGGACAUAUUGUUUUUGCCCUGUCUGUUGGUUGGUUGGUUUGUGUGUUUGUUUGUUUGCUCCAACUUUAACAUUUGCCAUAACUUUUGCAAUAUUGAAGAUAGCAACUUGAUAUUUGGCAUGCAUGUGUAUUUCAUGGAGCUGCACAUUUUGAGUGGUGAAAAAUCAAGGUCAAGGUCAUCCUUCUAGGUCAAAGGUCAAAUAUAUGGGUCAAAAUUUCUAAUUUAAUGUACACUUUUGCAAUAUUGAAGAUAGCAACUUGAUAUUUGGCAUGCAUGUGUAUCUCAUGGAGCUGCACAUUUUGAGUGGUGAAAGGUCAAGGUCAUCCUUCAAGGUCAAAUAUAUGGGGACAUAGUGUUUCAAAAACACAUCGCUUUUUUUCAACAGGAACAAUAAGAAUACCUUAACCAUGUACCAAGUAAGUUAUUUAAAUUUAGGUAAGGAGAAUUCUGGCCUGCUAAAUCAUGUGUUCCCUCAUUUGAAAUGCAUUCCUGCUGUAUAGUGCUAUAGCUGUUGCUUUGUGAGAUUGAUUGGUUAGGAGUCGUAAUUAACAUUUUUUCAGUGUGUAUUUAUAGCCCAAGAAUACAUGAAGUCUUGGGACUAUAAAAUAUGUAUUAGGAAAUUUACUGUUUAUGUUGUGGAUGUUUAUGAACAGUCAACCCAUUUAUUUGUUCUUUUCUAUGUUUUGUUUGUUAAAAUAAUGACCGACUUGUUUGAUACUCAGUUUUGUUUGUGCAUGAACUGUUUUUAAAGCUGUAAAUAUAUAUAUUAUGGAAAGAAGCAAUUGUGAUUAUAAUGAAUUUACAUUAUGAUUUGCUGCAUUAGGUCUCUGUUGCAGUGAAUGUUUUAAAGAUUAUUUGACUAGUAUCAUGUGAAGGCACAGGAUGUUUGUACUAAUAGCUAAGUAUGCAUGAAGAUGGAAUUGUGUGUGUUUUGUAAAAUACGGAUACUAUGAGCCUUAUUCUCUGAUAACUUGACUUAAUGCAUGUGUGAAAGUGUUGUACCAGAUUAUUCUCCUCUCACAAGCUUAUCUAAGACGACACUAAACACAUGCAUUAAGCCCAGUUAUCUAAGAAUAAGGCUCUUAUUGGGAGUUCUGUCAUCGGAAGAGCUUGUAGUGGUGUGCUGGGUUUAUCAUGUAUAAACUUUUGUAAAUCUGUAUUCAUGUAUAUUAAUAGACCCCCUCCCACCCAAGCUAAAGUAGUCACCCAUUUUGGGCCAUGAAUUGUUACUACAACUACAUGUAUGUUAAUAUAUGUUCCCUGCAAUAUUUUGUACAUUCACGACAAAUCAAAUAUAGAAUAAAUAAUGUAUGAAUAAUUUGUCCACUUACUUUGUCAAAGAUGUUAAAUAGGUAUUUCAUUAAAACAUAUUUAUAGUUACAAUAAGCAGAAUUAAUUAACUGUUAGACAAAGAAGCAUUUGAAUUAUACAAUACAAUACAGGUAUGUUUACAUUUGGUUGUGACUUGAGAAGUAUUAACUUGUAAUGAUUACAACUUGUUAGGACAUUACAAAUGUAUAAUUACUUUGUAUAAUAGUGUUGCUCUGAUGGUAAUAUAUUUGGAGGAUAAACACAAUUCAUUAAGGCUAUCAUUUGUUAAUUGCCUGUAGCAGUAAGUGUAUACUCACCUGUCAUAUUGUAAUGUUGUUUACACUUGUGCAGAAGUCGUGAUGUAAUUAUAUUGUACAUGUGUAUUUGCAAAAGUAAUGAUUAUAUAGGAUAUUUAAAUUGUGUAGACAUUAUUAAGAUCAUACCUUGAUCAUUUGUUUUUAAAUCACUAUGUUAUAAGCAAGUAAAUUGUCUAUAUAUGAUAUACUUUCUUAAUUUCCUCAUUUCCUUGAUAACUUUCUUCAUUUCUACAUUCCUUUGAUUUACUUUCUUAAUUUCUUCAUUCCUAUGCAUUCAAUCAUGCACAAUUGUUUUUCCCAUACAAGUAUCAGUGCAACAUGUUACGUGAGUAUUUGGGCCUCAUUUUCACACACUAGUAUACGUAAACCGCGUUUACCAGGCUAACUUUCGUAUUACAAGUAUCAGUGAAACAUGUAUUUGGGACUCAUUUUCACAUACUAGUAUCAGUAAACCACGUUUUAAAGUCUCAAUUUCACAUACAAAACUUAAUUCCACAUGAGAGUAUACGUAAAACAUGUAUCCAGGACUCCAUUUCACAUACGAAUAUCAGUAAAGCAUGUCGUUGAUUACUUUUUCUGGUAGUUUGUGUGGCAAUGUAUAAACAUACUUAUGCGUUUUAGAACGGAUGAUAUGAUUUUUUAAUUUUUAAAAGGACACAAUAUGCCAACCAGCACAUCGUGCUAGUUACGUUUUAUCCCGCACCGAAAAGUUGCGAACUAGAACAUAAUCUCGGGCCUUUGCCUCUUAUACGCACCUAAACAAUUUAAGGGGCGCCUCCGUCGCUUUCCCGAGUGGCGUCAACUCGCUGGUGCACGCUUAGCUUCGCUCUCGUUUAGACUCCAUUAGUAGGUUACUUGCGACGCUAGUGUCGGCCUACACAAUUAAAGCUAAAAUAAUUCAUGUUUAUACAUUUGUUCCAGUACACAAGGAAUGUAUUGUUUUUAUUAAAGAUUUGCAUAUUUUA